GAAACAGUACCAUGGCAGUACCCGUUUGAACGGAUUAAAAACAACAGACUCCAUUUAGAAAGGAAAAAAAUGUCCAAGAAAGGGCGAAAUAAGGGCGAGAAGCCCGAGGCACUCAUUGUCGCCCUUCAAGCUGCCAAUGAAGACCUCAGGACCAAGCUCACAGACAUCCAGAUAGAGCUGCAUCAGGAGAAGUCCAAGGUGUCCAAGCUUGAAAGAGAGAAGACUCAAGAAGCGAAGAGGAUCCGCGAGCUGGAGCAGCGCAAGCACACCGUCCUGGUGACGGAACUCAAAGCCAAGCUCCACGAGGAGAAGAUGAAGGAGCUGCAGGCCGUGAGGGAGAAUCUCAUCAAGCAGCAUGAGCAAGAAAUGUCACGGACAGUGAAGGUGCGGGAUGGAGAGAUCCAGAGGCUCAAGUCGGCCCUGUGCGCUCUCCGGGAUGGCAGCAGUGACAAAGUACGGACAGCGCUCACCAUCGAGGCCCGGGAAGAGGCCCGGAAACUGUUUGAUGCAGAGCGCCUUAAGCUCUUACAGGAAAUUACAGACUUAAAAACGGCCAAGAAGCAGGUGGACGAGGCUCUGAGUAAUAUGAUCCAAGCGGAUAAAAUCAAGGCCGGGGAUCUCAGAAGUGAACAUCAGUCUCACCAAGAAGCCAUCUCAAAGAUCAAGUGGGAGUCGGAGCGGGAUAUUCGGAGGCUGAUGGAUGAAAUCAAAGCCAAGGACAGGAUCAUCUUUUCCCUGGAAAAGGAACUGGAAACCCAGACUGGCUAUGUACAGAAACUCCAACUGCAGAAGGAGGCCUUGGAUGAGCAGCUCUUCCUGGUCAAAGAGGCCGAGUGCAACAUGAGCAGUCCCAAACGAGAAAUUCCAGGAAGGGCUGGAGACGGCUCUGAGCACUGCAGCAGCCCGGACUUGAGAAGAAAUCAAAAGAGAAUAGCUGAACUGAAUGCCACUAUAAGAAAAUUAGAAGACAGGAAUACCUUGCUUGGAGAUGAACGAAAUGAAUUGUUAAAACGAGUACGGGAAACUGAAAAGCAAUGCAAACCUCUCCUGGAAAGGAACAAGUGCCUCGCCAAGAGAAAUGAUGAACUGAUGGUGUCUUUGCAACGUAUGGAGGAAAAACUAAAAGCCGUUACCAAGGAAAACUCAGAAAUGAGAGAGAAAAUUACAUCCCAUCCGCCCUUGAAGAAGUUAAAAUCUCUAAAUGACCUUGACCAAGCUAAUGAAGAACAGGAGACAGAAUUUCUAAAACUUCAGGUCAUUGAGCAACAGAACAUUAUUGAUGAGCUCACAAGGGACCGAGAAAAACUCAUCCGUAGGAGAAAGCAUCGAAGAAGCUCCAAGCCCAUUAAGAGGCCGGUUUUGGACCCAUUCAUUGGAUAUGAUGAGGAUUCCAUGGAUUCGGAAACUUCAUCCAUGGCCUCAUUUAGAACAGACAGAACACCAGCUACUCCUGAUGAUGACUUAGAUGAAAGUUUAGCGGCUGAAGAAUCUGAGCUACGAUUUCGACAGCUAACAAAAGAGUAUCAGGCCCUCCAGCGAGCAUAUGCCCUCCUGCAGGAGCAGACUGGAGGCAUCAUUGAUGCCGAACGCGAAGCCAAGGCUCAAGAACAACUCCAAGCAGAGGUGCUAAGGUAUAAAGCCAAAAUUGAAGAUCUGGAGGCGACACUGGCUCAGAAAGGGCAGGAUUCACACUGGGUAGAAGAUAAACAACUUUUCAUUAAGAGAAACCAGGAGCUUUUAGAAAAGAUAGAAAAACAGGAAGCAGAAAACCAUCGACUACAGCAGGAACUACAGGAUGCCAGAGAUCAGAAUGAGCUACUGGAAUUCCGAAACCUGGAGCUGGAAGAGAGAGAGAGGCGAUCUCCUCCAUUUAAUCUACAAAUCCACCCAUUCUCAGAUGGUGUGAGUGCUCUACAGAUCUACUGUAUGAAAGAAGGGGUCAAGGAUGUGAACAUCCCAGAUCUCAUAAAGCAGCUUGACAUCUUGGGUGAUAAUGGGAAUUUGAGAAAUGAAGAACAAGUGGCAAUCAUUCAGGCCAGCACUGUGUUAUCCCUUGCAGAGAAGUGGAUCCAGCAGAUCGAAGGCGCCGAGGCUGCCUUGCACCAGAAAAUGAUAGAACUGGAAAGUGACAUGGAACAAUUCUGCAAAAUAAAAGGCUAUUUGGAGGAAGAACUAGACUAUAGAAAACAAGCUCUUGAUCAAGCAUAUAUGAGAAUCCAGGAACUAGAAGCUACUUUGUACAAUGCUCUGCAGCAAGAAACUGUUAUCAAGUUUGGUGAAUUGUUAAGUGAAAAACAGCAAGAGGAGCUGAGGACGGCAGUAGAGAAGUUACGGCGGCAAAUGCUGAGGAAGAGCAGAGAGUAUGACUGUCAGAUUCUCCAGGAGAGAAUGGAGCUCUUGCAGCAAGCUCAUCAGAGAAUCCGGGACCUAGAAGAUAAAACAGAUAUCCAGAAAAGGCAGAUAAAAGAUUUAGAAGAAAAGAAAAUUCAAAAAUAUGGAUCAUACCCCAGAAAGGCAAAUGCUUCUAAACCUUUGAAGAUGGCAAAAUUGUUUACACCAGUGCAAAGGAGAUCAAAAGCUGAGAACCUCCCUGUAGUCAAGACUGCAAUUGUGUACUUUAAAGCCAUUAUUCAAGGUUUCUUACUUGACAGUUCCUACAGGACCCCAUUGAAAAUCUACACUAUAUGCUGCAUUUACUGAAAUGUGUGUAUGUCAAACCAGAAGGAAAGAACUAUAAGCAAAUAUAAUGUGUAAAGAAAAAAAAUUCAGCAACGGAACAGAUUCAGCCGAUCAAGCAAAGAUGUGUCUUGGGACAUGGAACCAAAGUUACAAUGAAACAUUCAACUCCUGCUGUGCAGGGGGAUCAUUUUAAUGUAACACCACACCCCCAUGGAAACACUAUUCCUGAAAAUAAACACCAUUUUAAAAAAAAAUCAAAGCAAACAACAACAAAAAGGGUGGGUG